UUGGGGGAAUACACCCAUAGUGAGAAGCUUGAUGUGUGUGUGUGUGUGUGUGUGUGUGUGCGUGUAAGUGCCGGAAAGAGAGAGUGUGGAGCGAAUGAUGCAGUGUGGAGAAUCCAUGUGUGUGUACGAGAAAGAGCUUUAAGUAGAGAGGGGGUGAGCACAGUGAACAGCAGAAAUCAUUGCGAGCUGCAGAGUGGAGGAGCGAGAGCAGCAGCAGCAGCAGCAGCCCGCCCGUCUCUGUCGUUUUGCCGCCACUCGGAUCUCCACGACCUGAGCGCAGCUGGAGGGUUGCUGCUGCUUGCUUGCUGGCUGCGGGUGGGUUCUGUGGCUCUGCACGCAGCCCACAGAUUGCAGCAGGUCUUCUCGUCUGCCUCCUUUAGUGCCACAAAGGGUUGAAGGUUCGAUGCGUUCAAUCUGGACUUGAAACACCAAUGAUCCCAAGUCAGCACACCCUCUCAUUAAGAUGGGAAAUGCCUCCGAAACGUAUCUGUUUGUGUCCAGAAUAUCAAAAGACAAUGACUUCCUCAUGGGGACUUUGUAUACCAUUUUCGGUGUCCUCUCUGUGCUGGGUAACGGCAUCCUGCUAUUUGUGGCCUAUAGAAAAAAGUCCUCCUUGAAGCCAGCAGAGUACUUUGUAGUCAACUUGGCCAUCAGUGACCUGAUGAUGACCAUCUCCCUCUUCCCCAUUGCUGUACCAUCAGCCUAUGCGCAUAAGUGGCUGUAUAACAAGACCACCUGCACCGUUUACGCUUUCUGUGGCGUUUUGUUUGGCCUGUGCAGUCUAACGAACCUUACGGUGCUGUCCUCCGUCUGCUGGCUCAAGGUCUGCUGUCCAAACUAUGGCAACAAGUUCUCCUACUGCCAUGCCUACUUGCUGGUUGCUGGGGUCUGGUGCUACGCGGCGGUGUUUGCGGUGGGGCCCCUGUCCGGCUGGGGAAAGUACGGGCCCGAGCCGUACGGUACGGCAUGCUGCAUAGACUGGCACGCACCCAGCCAGAACUCCUUGGCUAUGAGCUACAUCGUCUGCCUUUUCUUCUUCUGCUACGUUGUUCCCUGCACUGUCAUCUUCCUGUCGUAUGCGUUCAUCUUGCUGACAGUCCGCAGUUCCCGCCAGGCAGUGCAACAGCACAUGUCCCCUCAGAACAAGAUCACAAAUGCACAUGCGCUUAUUGUAAAGCUGUCCGUGGCAGUUUGCAUUGGUUUCCUGACAGCGUGGAGUCCGUAUGCGAUCGUGUCCAUGUGGGCGGCAUUUGGUAACCCCUCAAACGUGCCGCCCAUGGCUUUCGCGAUGGCUGCUAUCUUCGCCAAGUCCUCGACACUUUACAACCCUAUCGUCUAUCUGGUUUUCAAGCCCAACUUCCGCAAGUUCCUUUGCCGCGACGUAGCCCUGUGCAGAAGGUCGCUCUGCGGGUGUUCGUGUCAGCAAAACUCCACCCAGAAGGGAAUGUGCAGGCGACCUGACCACAAAGAAGAGUGUAACUCUACGCGGUUGUCCAACGGGCUACUGGAAAACCACGGGACGUGCAGACACUGUCCUUGCCCGGAGAUUACCACUACAAGGGAAAACUGUAUCGACUACAGCCCUCAGCAGACUGCCACAAUGCUCAGAGGGUCGCAGCACAGCGAGGUGGCUGUCAGUCAACUCUCCAAUGAGCAGCAGAGUGACUUCCUCUAGAGCAAGCUGCCAAUUAGCAAGCAAGUGGGAAGAAAAGACAAUGGAUGGGAACAGGGCAAAGUUUAACGAACUUCUUGUACGCCUCAAAUAUAAUAAUACACGGUUCCCGUCAUGCAACCAGCAACAUGCAAGCAGAUAAAAGUCAAAUCAGGUCAAAUCGGAUGAUAGAUUGAGUUAAUGAAGACUUGUGAAAUGUUGAUGAGAUUGGGAGUGAAGAGUUCUCGAUAAACUACCUUUAAUAUAUUUAUUAUGAAUAAUGUAUUUGAUGCUGUUUUGUUUAUAUAUUUAUUGAUGCAUGCCUCAAUUUGAAAGACAUGGUUGUCUUGAAGUGAAAAGAGGAUUUUUCUUUCAAGAUGUCAAGUCAUUUGAGGGGAGUCACCCAUCACCCACAAGUGUUUAUUUGUCAGGAGGUCUCCCGGAAAAAAAAUGUGUCUUGUAUUCUUUAUGUAGUUAGUAUGAAGAACUCAGGACAUAAAUCAGAUUUAGUCAUCAAAUUUGACAUUUUCUUAAAGAUCAUCUCCUUAAUAAUAAUAAGCUACAAAUCAUGAAUUGUACGAAAACUGUAUUGCACUGUGACAAAAAGUAGUUAACAGUAAGAGAAAUAGUGUUUUGCUUUUCUGGGAAGAAACAGAAAUGAAUACACGGGAGAAGAAUAGUUAGUAAUUAUCUUAGUAAUAUUUCUUCUGGCCCCAAUGCACCCAUUGUGAUUUGCAUUUAUUUAUUUUUUAACGUUAUGUUAAGCUUUGCGUAGAGAGUGUUUUGCCCAAUGUUGAGGUAUAAGAGUGGUGGGGGGUAGGGAGGAGUAUGCUAGUAUGCUAUAUUUGCAUCAAGGAAAUCAGAUCUCACUCAAAAACCACAUCUGACCAGAUGUGCAGAGUUUUGAGGAUGGACAUGCUUGUUUUGUGCAAUAUUAGCUUUAUUUUUUAAUUCUAUUUAUUAUUUUGAUACUUAGAUUACAUCUUGUUCAAAUAGGCGCCAUGGUGGACAACUGGUUAGCACAUUUGUGUCAUAGUCUGAGGACCGAGGUUGAAAUCCGGGCUCACCUGUGAAGAAUUUGCAUGUCCUCCCCGUGCAUGUGUGGGUUUUCUCUGGGUACUCCCGAUUUCCCUCAACAUCCCCAAAACACACAGGGUAGGUUAAUUGAAGACUCUAAAUUGCUGGUAUGUGCGAAUGUCAGUGCAAAUGGUUGUUUGUUUGUAUGUUCCCUGCAAUUGGCUGGCAACCAGUUCAGGGUGUAGCCCGCCUCUCAAUGUCGGCUGGGAUAGCUGCCAGCAUGCCUGUGACCAAGGUGAAGAUAAGGGGGAUGGAAAAUGGAUGGAAGGAUGGAUGGAACUUGUGGAAACAAUGAAAGAAAGCAGGAACCAAUUAUUCAGACAAACAUAAUUCAAAAAAACAACAAAUAAGAAGGGGUAAGUAAAAGUAAUAAUAUUAAAAUAAUGUAUUCUGCCAAUUAUUGAAAAGUAACAUGAUUUGCUGGCUGUCUAUCCGAGCGAGCGAACCUUGAAAUUAUGUUUUACUUUGUGUAAGAAAGGAACACAAGAGGAUCAUGAACUUUUACAAAGAGGUUUGAAAUAUAUUGUACUUUCAAGGCGUUCAUUAUCAUUGCUUUUGUGAUCUAGUGCACAAACAAGAGCAAUAAAUAUGCACUCCAUUUAUUUUCUGUGCCAUUCAUCCUCGUUUGGGCCACAGUUAAACUGACUUUAGGCUACAUACAGUAUUUUUCUAAGAUAUUCUAAAGAGAUAUAUUGCCUUUGCUUCUAUGCAUGCAUACAGGUUGCUUCCUUUAUUAUCUCCCAUGGCUAAAAGAGAAGAGUGGAAUUGUUCCUUGAUGAUAGGAUUAGCCUAAGUAAUUAUUGGAAAUAUGAGAAUUACAACAGAAUUCCAUUUAAGACAAUAAAAUGCCCAGAGAAGGUCAUUCAAUAGCAGGCGCUCAGAAAGAUCAGCUGCGGAAAAGAAGACUUGCUAACACAAAGCCUGUUUCUUGUUUCCAGGACAGAUUGCCCUUUUGUGACGUUUCCGCUACAUUUCGACUUGAACUUCAGAACCACUUGACAUCUUUCUCUCUCUGCUUAUCAUUUAAUCAUUUGUUUUUAUUGACUGUUCUCUGGCUUUUCAUCUACUGUACUGUACUGUACAUCCCUGCUCGGGUGUGUACCCAGUGCACAUUUAUUAUAAAGCACUUUUUUCACCUAAACAUAUGAAUUGUUUGUUCUCCUUUGCCAUAACGACAAACUGUUAUAUUAUAUUAUUUUCUAAUUCAAACUGGUUGACCUCCGUUGUGUUUGCUUGAAACACGUGUGGUAGGUUUUUGUGUAAUGUGUAUUUAUUCUACAAAGUAAAUUAGUUUGAAUUAACAGUGAAAAAAUGAAAAACUUUGGUUGUAUCUAAUGCAACAAAUCCGAGAAAUAGACUCCAUUAUCACAAGAUUGUGUUGUUUGCGGUGUGAUCAAGCUAUGCUGUUGGUUGACACCUGUGCAUGUGAAUAAGUUCACAAUUGCAAAUAAAAAAAAAAAAUCAUGCAAUAUUUGCUAUGCUAUGAAGUGAAUGCUUACCAGAAUGUUGGAUGAAACAAAAUGUUUGUCCAUAUUUGUUCUAUUUUGUACCUUACAAGAGCCUGCUCUCAGUAGAAUAUAGUAGGAUUUCAUAUGGAAAUUAAUGCACAGGUUGUUGGAAAAAUUUUACUAUUUAGGAAUAAGAUUAAUUUUUUUUUCCAACUCUGUUCAUCCUGGGGAAAAAGUGCCUCUCUUUUUGAACGAAUUCCUACUAGAUUCUCACGAGAUCAUGCGGCUUGCGACAGCAUGUGAUGUAAGGUCACACACUGCUGCAUGUUGAAUCUUGGGAAACACUACUUGGUUGUACUUUGUGUGAAAGAAAGGAGGAUUCUUCAUGUCAAGGGAGGAAUGUUCACAAAUGAUGAGAGGAAUUGAAGAUAUAUUUUCUACUCAUCAUAAGACUCAACCAAAGCUCACACUCACUUUCGUUACGAGACUAAACCCUUACACUCGAUAUUUUUUAGUGAUCACUAUGUUGGGGGUCAAUAUAGGGAGGAGGAGCUAAAGUCUUGAACUGAAAAGACAAGUAGACUGACUGGUGUUUGUUUUUGUUCCUUUGUUUUUUUUUUCCGUACAGCCUUAAAAAGUUAAUAUGAGUUGGGUUAUUCCAAGCCACUUAUCCUCACAAGGGUCGAAGGAAUGCUCGAACCUAUACAAACUAACGUUGAGUGGAAGGCGGACUACACCCUGAACUGAAUCCCAGUCGUUAUUAAUUUUCAAAUCUCCUUAGACGUGCAAAGAUAAGUGCUGUAUUUGCUGAAAAGCUAAAACAAAGUACAGAGAAAAUGUGAAUUGAAUGGCAAAAGCCACAACACGACACAAUGGCUGUCGGAAGCUACGACCAUACCGAUACGAAUCAAACAAACUAACUGUCUAACUGAGCAAGAAGAAUAAAAACAAAGGCUGUUUCACUUAAUGACGCGGAAUAGUUGACAUGUUGGUGUACUUUAGCUAUAAUCGCAUUGACCUUGCCUAACAUUAGCUCUAAAGCUAUAUAGAAGUUACCAUGGCAGGUGUCAGCUCAAAGGAAUCCUACAAUGGACGUCAUACGUUUCAUAUCAUCCACAGCAAUGAUAUUCAGACAUUGUACAGAUAUUGUAAAGAUCUUAUAAAAUUGUAUUACUUGAGAGUAUUUAAAUAAAUUCUAAACAGGAAAAGAGUGAUUCUGGCAUAUAUAACUUGAUUUGUAACACUGUUGAGCAUAAAAUCUUAGCUUCAACUAAGUGUUCAGAACAAAUAAAGAUGAAUGGACAGUCUAUCUGGCCUAAGUGAGAUCAGUAAUUCUGAUUGAUUAACGAAAGCCCCAACCUUGACAUUUUCCCUGAGAAAUUUUUAGUCGUUUUAACGUGAUUUCAAAUUGGCACCAGUAAAUGAUGAAGUAAGACUUUUACCCCUCCCAGUAAGCACUAGAACAAAACAAUGACAGGUUCCUUUGUUAAAAAUACGUCGGCGCAGGGAAGACAAUCCAGUGUAACCUGCCCCCACUCUUGCAGAUUCACAUAAAUAUAGAGCCCAAUUUUUUCGACCUCCAACAUGGCAGCGGUGGGCUUGUCCAGAGACGUGUGAACGUCAACUUUAACAUCAAUCAUAUCAAGACUUGGGCCUUAUGGAUAUAAAAACCGCAAAACAUAAUCAUGAACAUUUUUUGUUUGUUUAACUUGAAGCUGAAACUACAAAUCACCUAAAUCAACCGCUUACAAUGCGAAGAGAUUUUCUCUAAAACAUAUUAGCCGCGCUUGUUAGCCUGAUUUGUUUUUUACCUCUAACAUUUAUCAUUGAAUGUAUCGGUUGUCAAGACUAUCAAUCGAGCUUUUUGUAACGUUGAUAUUGUGCUGAAAUGUCAAGGGUGCAAAACGCAUGAUCCAGUUAUGUGGCCCACUGUCAAAAAGUCUUCUGUUGUCGCACAAACAAGCAGGGUAUUAAGAAAAAUAUUCUAUGCUACCUUUGAAAUUUUCUGUCAAAAAAAAAAGUGGCCAUCGAGCCAAUUUAAGACCUCAACCUUAUGUCAGUACUGUGUUGUGAAUAUGCCAAAAAAAUGGAAAAGUACUCCAUUGUAUCAUACGUGUAUAUGUAAAUACAAAUACACCGAUAUUUGGAAGCACGUACUCAAUUUUUAUGGCGGAAACAAGGCGGAAUGUGAUGUGUUGUAAGAACCUUGUUUGCAUAUGGGGAAAAAAAAUGUAUAUUGAAACAAAAUGUUUAUGAUAUUAUGAUUAUCCAAAUUGUUGUUGUGAAUCAGUGACGUUUCAGUUGCACUGUGAAAAAAAAACAUCUUUUUAGUACUUUAUUUUUUUUAAAAGAACAUUUACAGAUGGAAAAAGCGCUGUGCUCAUAAGUUUACAUACCCUACAUUUAUAUUAUAUCUCAUUGGAUUCAAAUAAAACUGUAUGACAUUUUGGGGGUCGCAUAAUCAAUAUAGAAAACUUUCCAAGAAGGAAAACUAUGAAAUGGUCACCAUUCAGGCAUCCGCAUGAUAUUUGUCAUAUUUCCCAAUUCUGCCAAGGUAUGUGAAUUUAUGAGCCAGGAUCCAAGGCCAAGACAAAUUCUCAUUCGUCUCAAGUGCAGCUGAACGGUGAAUAAAUUUCUUAAAGAAUA